UGGCUUCACUUUCCAAAUAAGCACCAACUAGAUCAGAUACCUAUCUUAUUAUCACUAUCAAUUCACAAACCCAAUCCCUAGCUCUUAUUCCCCUGUGUUCCCUCCUCUUUGCACCUUGCCUAAGCUUCAAUGGCCUCUGUUUCAGCCACUUCUGUUAGCCUCCAACCCUCUUUCAAGUUGUCUAGCCAGGUUUCUUCCAGAAUUUCAGGUUUGAGGGCAGUUUCUGUGGGAUGGACCACGAGGAGAUUUCCUUCUUUGAGAUCCUCUCGGUUCCGCAUUUGUGCAGUCCAGGCACAGCCUGAGACAAUGGAGAAAGUGUGCAAGAUUGUGAGGAAACAACUUGCUCUCGCCCCGGAAUCUGAGCUUACCCCAGAAACCAAGUUUUCAGCACUUGGUGCUGAUUCCCUUGACACUGUUGAAAUAGUGAUGGGUUUAGAGGAAGAAUUUGGAAUUAAUGUUACAGAUGAUGGAGCUGAAAACAUCACAACUGUUCAAGAAGCAGCUGAUUUAAUAGAGGGCUUGAUUCAAAAGAAAGAUUGAGGUAAUUAGGAGGUGAACCAAGUUGAAGUUCUAGGAAAUGGAUUGAGAGGAGAAGUGCCAUUUUUAUGUUAUUUUUAUGUUUUUGCAUAUUCUUUAGGAAGCAGAUUGAAAUUUUCCCAUUGUAACUUUGUUCAACUUGCUAUUUGUUGUAAGUUUUGAUCACAGACGCCUUGUUUUUUUGGUCUUAAGAUGAGGAUCUCACUUGAUUUUGGAGGGCAAGAUCUUAGUUGAUGUUUGUUCUA